AUGGGCUUUUUGAGCUUCUGGUCCAGGAAGCCGCCGCCCGUUUCCGAGGAUACCGAUGUUCUCAAGGCGCAACCAUACAAUGCGACUGUGGCGUCGCUGCCCCCAAUCCUCGGAACCCUACCGGUAGCAGGCAAUGGCCCCAGCAUUUUGGAGGCCAUUCAGAGGACAAAGAUCAAAUCGCAACUCAGAAAAGCCCCGAGCUAUUCCACUGAGGCAUACGUACCGACGCCGUCGAUACGCAAGCUCCGACAAGAUGAGUCGGGACGUCCGCAGACGGCGCCGACCGAGGACCAGGCCGGAUGGCUGGGCCGUCGCAGGUCCGCAUCUCUGAAGGAGCAUCCAGUUCCUCAACUGCCUACCAUCUCGCAGGGGAACCGUCCGCCCUACAGGCUGCCGGGCAAACUGCCCCAUCGUUCAGACAAGCCGCGCCCGCCAAUUGUCAAGUUGCCCGAGAAAAUCUUCGACGCUUCAAUUCUCAACAAGCCACUGCCCGCCAUCGCACACGAGAAGACCUCGUCCAUCAACAGUAGCAACUCGGCCGCGACCAAGCUAUCCAGGGGCUUCGUUGACCUACUGGACGCGCAAGCGGGUUUUCAAUCUACGGAUUUGUACCAAAGAGUCCAGGCGACGGGUGCUCGGAGUUAUGGCGAAGAUGUUGCAGAUCGGAACGUUGGUGCCAGCGGAGUCAAGUUGAAUUCGACCGAAACCUCCACACAUCACAGCAUGAACUCAGCGUCCGCCGCAAGAUCUCAGAAUGGAGGAGAUGAAGAUUUGCUAUCCAAGUCGAGGAAGAGGCAUUCCUUGGGAGCCGGUCUGCGGACCACUUCACUGGAUUCUGAGACCUAUGCUGUAAGGUCAAAGGCACCAGGUACCGACCCACCUCUGCCGCCCAAAAGCCCUCUCCGCCGUCGUAUUAUCGAUGACGAGGCCGUCUCAGCGUCGACCAAGGCGGAUCGGCGCAAGUCUCUCCCUUCGUAUCUGCAUUCCUCACAGAGGAAACAUGUUCAAGACAGUGAUUCUGAUUUUCCCGACUCGCUGAAGGCCAAAGGCAAAGACGCGGCCAGAGCAGCGGAUGGCAGACUGUCGUCCAUCAAGUCGGUACCUUCGCCUCGGAAUUCGUCACUAGAUAAGAGACGCUAUGCCAGUCGCACUGGUGAGAAAACCCAUGGAUCAAAGGACCGAGAUAGAUCCACCAAGGGACGAUCGUCCAAGACCACGAAAUCGUCUAGGAGGGAGACAUUGUCCUAUGCAUCAAAGUCAGCUCAGAACCAUGUCGCAUCAAAGAGGUUGAGUUUACAGAGCAUGCAAAUGACCUCCACCGGCAACGACACCGAUGGAGGCAGUAUUCACCGUGCAAGACCUCAAAGCCCAAGAUCGGAUACGCAGAGCAGCUCGCGCCGCGAUCUACGGAUGCAGGCAUUUGAGACACCUCGUCCUAAGUCCUUUCAUAAACGUUCUGGUAAUCGAGAUGAACUCCUGAUUGACCAAUUUGCCCACACGCGAAGUCCCAGGACUGCGCCGGGCAAAGCUGUCAAGAAGCCUGAUCUCGACGAGACUAUCCCAGAACGAACAAGCAGCUUGCGGCAUGGCUCCAUGGACUCGACAUCGGCGACGAGUCUCAGCUCUAACCCUUUCAGACCGCAGUCCCGGCAUACUGCCAAUACUUCCAUCGACCUCUCGCCAUUCGCAAAGGAAGCCAACUUCAGCCAUGAUUCGUUAGGGGCAGUCUCGAGCCGCACAGGACCGGAUCAUCGCCUUCCGUCCCCGCUCGCAGUGUCGGCCUCGUCACCGCUGAGAUCAGAAGUGAAACCGAAACGCUCGACCAAUUUCAACAUUGACGACUACAUCUCAUCAGACGAUGAUGCUGAUAAACCCCGCCGGCCCCGAGGCGAAGGCGAGGAAGAGCUUGUAUUCAACGACUCGGGCUAUGGUUUUGGUUUUGAGUUGCCCGGCCUUUCUAGUCAAUUCGAUGCCACCCCUCUGUUCGCACCUUCUUCGCCCCCAAGAUCCAUCUCCAGAUCUAAGGGUAGGGACAAUGAGAGGGAUAUCUCAAGUUACAAACUCGAUGAGUCAACCUUGACUGAACUUGAAAAUGCGUAUAGCGGGUCCCGGGCAGACUAUCGCCGCCGUGCACCCCGAACUCAUGUGUCAGCCAAUCGGUACGAUGACUCGACCGACACCGAGUCUUCUACGGGGGAGGAAGAGCAAGAUUCAGAGGAUGAGUUAUCAUUCGAUAUUCCGAUGACCAGGCGAAGCACGCCCUUAAGACAGUACCGUGCUGCUAGGUACGCCAGUCGAGAGGACAUUAUCAUGGAGGAGAGGGACAUCGAGAAGAUGGACGUCCACACCGCAAUGAGGCUGCGUAAGGAGGAAAAGAGACGCAAGAGAUUAAGUGGUGCCAGCGGGACCACAAUCCGCCCUUGGAGUGAGAAAGGCAAGGAAAAAGAGUCGGUCCACCCGCAUCGGAUUGACAUGAAGGGCUUCGAUGCUGAUGUGGAGUAA